CAGCCUGUUGGAGUUGGUUCAAAUGAUGAGCCGCCAGGGCCUGAUAAUGGUGUUGCUGCGGAGGUAGUUGGUUUGGGAACAUUGCUGGCGGCGCUGCUGUUCGAAGGAGGAACCGAAAGGAGAAAAAAAAGAAGAGCUAUUGCCCUUUCUUCGUAUCGCACGUAUUAUAAUAUAUAUCAAAUGAAAACACUCAUAUACAACGACGGGAGAGAAAGCGCGAAGCGACGAAAAGAAAGAGGAAUAAGAAGGUCUGUGCAGGGCAGAACCGACUAUUAA